GUCGGUUCCACGAUCAGCAACAGAACCGACGCGUCGACGAGGCGCCAGCCUCGUUUAUCGUAUAACGGGAGCGGAGGAAAAUUUCUCUCCUUUUUUGCUCCCGUUCUUUUCUUUUUCCUUUGUUUAUGUUAGGUGGAGUGCCAAGUGUGACACUUCACGUGGUUAAACGUACGGGGGCAGGCUUUGUUUGUUUGUUCUGGUGCUAGGUGCUGUUGUUCUUUCUAGUCCCUCUUCUUCCUCCUGCUCGUGCAGACACACACAUCUGGCCUUCUUGCACACACCAGUCCAUUGCAGAAAGAUGCAGCUUGUGGAUUACAAUGACAUAGUGUUGAUUGACGGAAUCAGCCAGCCGGUGGCGAAGGUGACGCUGCAACAGAGCUACAUCGAGGGCGUUCCGGACACGAUGAUUGCGUUGGUGGCUCCGAUCGUGGCAUACUGGGUCUACUCGUUCUACUUCCACAUCAUCGACGUGUACCAGCUCUUAGAACAGUACAGAAUCCACCCUUCGGAAGAACAGCUCUCGAAAAACAGGGUCACGCUACCGGUGGUGAUCAGAGACGUGAUCUUCCAGCACGUCAUACAGACGGUGACGGGCUUGAUUGUGUACGUUUUCGAGUCGCCUCCGCUGACGGGAUUCGAGAACGCCAAACUGUGGGCUUGGAGGCAAAACCUACCGCCCUUCGUUCCAACGGUGGCCAUCUACCUGUUCUACUGGUACGGCAUCUCGAUGAUCAAGAUUAUGACGGCAUUUCUCAUCAUCGACACCUGGCAAUUCUUUCUACACAGAUCGAUGCACCAGAACAAGUUCUUGUACAAACACUUCCACUCCCGCCACCACCAGCUCUACGUGCCGUAUGCGUUUGGCGCAUUGUUCAACAACCCGGUCGAGGGUUUUUUGCUAGACACCGUGGGAACAGGAAUCGCCUCGCUUGCGUUGGAUUUGACGCCAAGAGAAUCGAUAUUCCUUUACACGUUUUCGACCCUGAAAACCGUGGACGACCACUGCGGCUACUCCUUGCCUUGGGACCUGUUCCAGAAGGUUUUCCCAAACAACUCCAUCUACCACGACAUCCACCACCAGAUGUUCGGCAUCAAAUACCACUUCAGCCAGCCUUUUUUUGUCUUUUGGGACACCAUCUUCAGCUCGCAGUACCACGCCAUCGACGACUACAAAGAACAACAGAAGCAAAUCACUCUUGCCAAGUACAAGCAGUUUUUGAAAGAUAGGAAGAAGAAAAGUUGAUUUUCACCCACACAAAGAUAAGCAUAACAUAAACCGAACCCGAGUACAACUUAUAUAGAUUUAAGUACGCCCCAUAUAUAUCGAGGAAAACAAUACAACACUAUUAUGUGACAAUACAUUAAUAAUACCCGAAACGCCC